GAGAGAGAGAGAGAGAGAGAGAGAGAGAGAGAGAGAGAGAGAGAGAGAGAGAGAUGGCGCAGGUAGGGGAUGCAGCGUUGGGGUACUUGACAAAGAAGGAGACGGAGGUGAAGCUUCCACGGCCGACACGUGUGAAGAACAAGACGCCGGCGCCGAUUCAGAUCACAGCGGAGCAGAUUCUGCGGGAGGCGCGCGAGCGGCAGGAGGCGGAGCCGCGUCCGCCGAAGCAGAAAAUCACUGAUGCAGAGGAAUUAGCGGAUUAUCGGCUGCGGAAGCGCAAGGAGUUCGAGGACUUGGUUCGUCGAGUGCGAUGGAACAUCCACGUGUGGGUGAAGUAUGCGCAAUGGGAGGAGAGUCAGCGGGAUUUCGCCCGCGCGCGCUCGGUGUGGGAGCGAGCCCUGGAAGUGGAUUACCGAAGCACGACGCUAUGGCUAAAGUACUCGGAGAUGGAGAUGAAGCACAAGUUCGUCAAUCACGCGCGCAACGUCUGGGACAGGGCCGUUACCCUGCUGCCACGUGUCGAUCAGCUAUGGUACAAGUACAUCCACAUGGAGGAGAUGCUAGGCAACGUGGCGGGAGCGCGGGCCAUUUUCGAGCGCUGGAUGAAUUGGGAACCCGAUCACAACGGAUGGCUGGCCUAUAUCAAGAUGGAAUUGAGGUACCAAGAGGCGGAGAGGGCGCGGCACAUCUUCGAGAGAUACGUUCGCUGCCUCCCUUCCGUCCGCGCGUGGUUAAAGUUUGCCAAAUUUGAAGUCAAGAACGGCGAGAUCGAGAGAGCGCGACGAGUGUAUGAGCGAGCGGUGGAGGAGCUAGGAGAGGACGGGCACACGGAGGAGUUGUUCGUUGCAUUCGCUAAGUUCGAGGAGAAGUGUAAGGAAUUAGAGAGAGCUCGGUGUAUAUAUAAAUUCGCUCUGGACAACAUUCCCAAGGGUCAGGCGGAAGAGGUUUACCGAACCUUCGUGGCCUUCGAGAAGCAAUACGGCGAUCGAACGGGGAUAGAAGACGUCAUCGUUAGCAAGAGGAGGUUUCAGUAUGAGGAGCAGGUGAGAGAAAACCCUACAAACUACGAUGCGUGGUUCGAUUACGCGCGAUUGGAGGAGAGCUGCUGUACGAGCGGGAAGGGGGAGGUAGGGAGGGAAAGGGAGAUGGAGAGAGUGAGGGAGGUGUACGAGAGGGCGAUUGCAAACGUGCCCCCGUGCAACGAGAAACGCUACUGGCAGCGGUACAUUUACCUCUGGAUUAAGUACGCGUUAUUCGAAGAGCUGGAAGCGGAGGACGUGGAGAGAACAAGGGAGGUUUAUCGGCAGUGUCUCAAGUUGAUUCCUCAUAAAUCGUUCUCCUUCGCGAAGAUAUGGAUUUUGGCGGCGCAGUUUGAGUUGAGGCAGAAGAACCUCGCCGCCGCGAGGCGGAUCCUAGGGAAUGCCAUAGGAAUGGCGCCAAAAGACAAAAUUUUCAAAACCUAUAUAGAGAUGGAACUACAUCUAGUGAACAUCGAUCGAUGUCGAACACUGUACGAGAAGUACUUGGAGUGGGCGCCUUCCAAUUGCUACGCGUGGAGCAAAUUCGCUGAAUUGGAGAGGUGGUUGGGAGAAACGGAGCGUGGGCGGGCCAUCUUUGAGCUGGCAAUCUCUCAGCCAGUGCUGGACACGCCCGAGCUCCUUUGGAAGGGGUAUAUCGACUUCGAGAUCUCCGAAGGGGAGAUUGAACGGACGAGAUCGCUCUACGAGAGGCUGCUGGAGCGGACCAAGCACGUGAAGGUGUGGAUUAGUUAUGCAAGAUUCGAAGAGAUGGUGCCGCUUCCAGAGGAGCAGGCGGCGACGGCAGAGAAGAGAGAGGUGGAUAGAGAGGUUCUCGCGGCGCAGAUUAGGGGCAGGGCGAAGAUGGCCAGAGCGGUGUAUGAGAGAGCGUUGACUUGUUUGAAAUCGACGGCGGCGGCGGCGGAUCAGAAGGAAGAGAUAGUCAUGUUGCUGGAGGCGUGGCGGGAAAUGGAGCGCGCCACCGGGGAUGCCGAUGCGGUUAGCGCAGUGGACAGGAAAAUGCCCAAGAGAGUGAAGAGGAAGAGGCCUCUCUUGAUGGACGAUGGCACGCACGAAGGGUUCGAGGAGUACUACGACUACAUCUUCCCGGAGGAGGCGGGAGUUGCGCCCAACCUCAAGAUCUUGGAGGCGGCCUACCGCUGGAAGAAGCAGAAGGCUAUGGCGGCGGCGGCGGCGGUAAACGGUGGAGGAGCAGAAGUGGCAGCAGAAGCAGCAGCAGGAGGAGGCGGGGGGGAGGCAAUCAUGGAUUCCUUUUAACAAGAACGACGAGAAUUCAGGAACCCAUUCAUACCCAAUUGCCGUGUACCAUGUAUAAAAAUCAAUCCUCCCCGGAUGGGUCGGGACUUGCGCGGGGAUCUCAAGAUCUUGGGGGUGGAGUAUCGUUGGAAGAAGCGGAAGUCUAUGGCGGCCGCUGCAGCGGCAGCAAUCUGUGUAGGAGCAGAAGUGACAGCAGCAGCAGCAGCAGCAGUAGGAGGAGGAGGAGGAGGAGGAGGAGGAGAGGAGCAAUUAUUGAUUCCUUCAAACAACGACAAUAUCAGGAACCGAGUUCGAUUCAUGUACUUGGUAAAUCAAUCCUUCUCCUCCUCCUCCUCCUGACGCUCAACCUCCCUUCAUCUUCUCCCUGUUGUCCUUUUACACUCUGAGUGCACACACUUCUUGUGCCCAUUUGCCGUCGCACGGCUUGCCUCGCGUUGCUCUCUGUUGCCAGCAAAGCUUUGUGUGCUUAUGGUGGCGCAAUCUCCCUCCCUCCCUCUCUCUCUCCCUCUGAUCCGCAGGACCAACGGAAGCGUCGAGAAUCCUAGGGUAGCAUAGGGCCUCGCUCCACAACUCACCAAAUGUGCAAAAUGAAAAUAAAUCUUCCAUGGAAAA